GGGGCAGACCGACCACCUCUCAGCUUCCCCAGACGACAACGUGGGGCCAGGAACCAGUCGCGAAGAGGGGGAUAUCCUUCACCGAAACUUUGAACCGCCGGCUUUGGGAUCUCGUAUCUGCCCAACCAAUUCGACUUUUUCCUUCCUCACCGUCUCCAUUUCCUACCCCAAACUCGAAUUCUUUCAACCGACUACACCAACCCCACAGCAACAAUGGCCUCCUACCCACCCCUCGCCGAGCGCGAGAUCAAGAACACGGUCGUCCUGUUCGAUGUCGAUGGCACCCUGACGCCUGCUCGUUUGUCCGCCUCCCCCGAGAUGCUCACGCUGCUCGAGCGGCUCCGCCAAAAGGUCGCGAUCGGGUUCGUGGGCGGGUCCGACCUGGUCAAGCAGCAGGAGCAGCUGGGCAGCGCGUCGGUCAACGUGACGAGCAUGUUCGACUUCUGCUUCGCUGAGAACGGGCUGACGGCGUACCGGCUCGGGGAGCAGCUGCCGUCCAACAGCUUCAUCAAGUGGAUCGGCGAGGACCAGUACAAGGAGCUGGUGCGCUUCGUGCUGCACUACGUCGCCGACCUCGAGAUCCCCGUCAAGCGCGGCACCUUUGUCGAGUUCCGCAACGGCAUGGUCAACAUCUCGCCCGUCGGCCGUAACGCCAGCACCCAGGAGCGCAACGACUACGAGAAGUACGACAAGGAGCACGGCAUCCGUAAGGCCUUUGUCGAGAAGCUGCGCGAGCGCUUCGGCCAUCUGGGGUUGACCUUCUCUAUCGGCGGGCAGAUCUCCUUCGACGUCUUCCCCACCGGCUGGGACAAGACAUACUGCCUGCAGCACAUCGAGAACGAGGCCAAGCGUCCCAACGGCGUCGAGUACACGACGAUCCACUUCUUCGGCGACAAGACGUUCGAGGGCGGCAACGACUACGAGAUCUUCAGCGACAAGCGGACCAUCGGACACACGGUCACGGGCCCGCAGGACACCAUCGACGAGCUCAAGAAGCUUUUUGAUCUGUAAAAGGGGUGGGAGACAAACAUCUAGGGAUGGAUAAUCUAAUGCAGUUGGUGAUACUUUAGCAUCGGCGUGGCGGGUCCAAAAUAAACGCGGUGAUUUAAUCCAAGAAAC